UGUCACUGUCAGUAGCUGUCAGUGAGUUAACUUAGUAGUUGUGUGUUGUUAAGAGUACUUUUAAUUUUAUUUUUCUUAAUUUUAAACAUGUAUUCACUCUGAAUAUUUGUUGUUAAUAGUUAAAUGAAAUAUCCGCUCUUAAUAUGAUUUGUUAUUAAAUAGUGUAAGUUUGAGAAAUAUUAUUUUUUUAACGAUUUAGGAACACUGCAAAUUUCAUCUUUACCAUGAUUGACGAGCACAUAAUUAGCACUAGUGUCUACAAGGAAAUGUUCACCUUACGGUAUGGGCGACCUCACCGACGAAGAUGACUUCUUCGACACCAUCUCGGUGAACUCGGCUCCCGGUAAACGCCUGCUGAACAACAACCGCUACGUCGGCCUCUCCAGGAACACCCUGUACCACUCGGCCAUCGACCUGGACAACGGCGACGGUGGCGCCGCCGCCAUGGAGAUGACGGAGUUAAACGACGCACACCAUAAGGUCUCGCUAGGCAAUAAAAACAUUAGAACGUACACACAGUGGAGAGAUAGGAGGUGGAGAAAUUUUUCGAAUGCGGAUCUGUCAGUGGAUUUCGUGUUGGCCUACGACGAGCAAGGCAAAGAAGAAGAUAUUCAGAUGAGAAAAAGAUUCGAAACAAAUCUAAUAAGUACGGGUUUAAUAUUAGAAAGGGAAGAAAACCAGAGGAUACAUUUUGUGAAGAUCCACGUACCUAAACCUGUUCUGUGUCAGUACGCUGAAAUUCUGAAACUACGGAUGCCAAUCAAGGAUAACGAUGAACAACUUCCAACCGAAAAUUGUUUCAAAUCAAUGAUAAACAAUUGUUUUACCAAAUGUAAAGUAGCUUUAGACCCCAAGAAGUUUCCACCAAAGAAGUAUCAACUUACAGCUGAAUUUAGUAAGGACAAACCAUAUUUGUUUGAUAUCGACGCUCCGCACUUUUUUAGCACAUCAGUAAGGAUUACCGUGGCAUCCUAUAUUUUAGAAAGGGAAAAAUUUGGACCUGAAGACCAAGAUAAGGGCAUCAAACAGUUAAUUUCGGAAGGGGUUUAUAAGGCAGCCUAUCCUUUACAUGAUGGUGACUACGCCCAAACUGGCUCGAAACGCCAUCUUCUCCUGCACGAAUGGGCUUCCGUCUCGAAAUGCAUCAAAUUUCAGCCCAUCGACGAGAUCAAAGACUAUUUUGGAGUAAAAUUCGCACUCUACUUCACCUGGCUGGGUUUCUACACCCAUAUGCUCGUCCCAGCCGCCAUUGUCGGCGUUUUAUGUCUGAUCUACGCCGCCACUACUAUAGAUAACGACACCAUGAGCAGGGACAUCUGCAAGUUGGAUAUUACUAUGUGCCCUCUGUGCGACAGAGUGUGUGAUUAUUGGAAACUGAGCAAUAGCUGUACUUACUCGAAAAUACAGCAUUUAAUUGAUAACCCUGCCACGAUAUUUUUCGCUGUUUUUAUGUCGCUUUGGGGUGCAUUGUAUUUGGAACUUUGGAAAAGAUACAGUGCAGAAGUAACGCACCGAUGGGGUUUGACAGGCUUUGACCUUCAGGCCGAACCGCCCCGCCCUGAAUACCUCAUGCGCCUUCACAAUGCUAAAAAGAAGAAGCUCAACGUAAUCACGCAACUCCACGAACCAGUAGUACCAUUCUGGAGAGUCAAACUGCCCUCCAUCAUUCUCAGCUUUACCAUAGCGGUGUUCUGGGCCCUUAUCGCCCUUGGAGUAGUUAUAGGAAUAGUGAUUUACAGGAUGUCUUUGCUAACAAGUGAAGCUUUAUACAGGGAUAGAACUAGCGUCAGAAUAUACAUCGUACCAGUUACUGCAGGAAUAAUCAAUUUAGUAUGCAUCGUCAUUCUGAAUAUGAUUUACGAUAGAUUGGCUUUGUGGCUGACGGAAAUAGAGUUACAAAGGACGCAAACGGAGUUUGACGACAGUUUGGCCCUUAAAAUUUACAUUUUUCAAUUCGUCAACUACUACUCCUGUAUUUUUUACAUAGCAUUUUUUAAGGGUAAAUUUGUAGGAUACCCUGCGAAGUAUAACAAGGUGUUUGGAUAUAGACAAGAAGAGUGCAAUCCCGGGGGUUGCCUGAUGGAACUUACCAUCCAACUAGCCAUUAUAAUGAUCGGUAAUCAAGCAAUGAACACCAUAUUGGAAAUGGUGAUACCUUUAGGGUAUAAAAUGUACAAAACGUUUGUUGUUACCACCGGUAUAGAAAGAGCCGAAAAGGAGGAAGACGUUCUCAUUAGCUGUAACCAAUGGACUGAAGACUAUAAAUUAUCUCAGCUGGAAUCUCGAAGUCUGUUUUCGGAAUAUUUAGAAAUGGUUUUACAAUAUGGGUUUGUUACAAUUUUCGUGACAGCAUUUCCUUUAGCCCCACUCUUCGCUUUGAUAAAUAAUGUACUAGAAAUGCGAUUAGAUGCCAAAAAGUUCAUUAAAUACUACCGCAGGCCUGUGCCACAAAGGGUGAAAAAUAUUGGCGUUUGGUACAGAAUAUUAGCUAUUGUGGGAAGAAUAGCUGUAGCCUCAAACGCAGUUAUAAUCGCUUUUUCAUCACAUUUUAUACCUAGGAUAGUGUAUAUAUUGAAAGUAAAUCCUGAACAUAACACAGAAGGAUUUCUGGAAUUUAACUUAGCUUAUUUUAAUACUACAGAUUUCAGUCCAGGUACCGCACCUGAAUCAUCAAUAUACAACACCACUGUGUGCCGUUACGCAGAGUAUAGAAACCCGCCAAACCACGAAAUGAAGUACAAAAGACCGUUGAUCUACUGGCACAUUAUGGCGGCCAGACUAGCUUUCAUAGUUAUUUACCAGAAUCUCGUCAGUUUCAUCAUGACCAUAGUGGAGUGGACGAUACCGGACGUCAGUAGGAAAUUGAAUGACAGAAUCAAGAGGGAAGCUUACAAAGUAAAUGAGAUUAUUAUUAAGAAUGAGACGGAAAGAGCAAAAAAGGGAAGAAGUAAUAGCGCAAGAAAACGAGAUUCUGUACUGUCAGGGGCUACAAUCUACCACGACGCCAUCAGCGAAGCUGGCGACAUACGAAGUAACCGCUCUACUGCCUAUUACGACACGUGAAGGUAAAAGAUGUUUAUGUAGAACAUUUAUUGCCGCACAAAAGAUUUGUUAGAAGCGUGUUGUUUUAUUCAUGUCUCGCAUCUAAUUUUAUUAGAUAUUCCUUAAAAAUUGUUUUAUUAAUUUAAGCACAAACAAAUUUAAUUAUUGAAUACUCAAACUAGGCAAAAUAACAAAAACAAUAAGGUAAUGAAUAUACAGGAUAUAUAUAGUUUUUCUCGCGUUACGUUUCCCAAUAUGGCGUAACAUACGUAAGUGAUCAAAGAUUUUUUAUGUUUCAAUAAAAUUAAGUUGAUCUGUAAAAACCUAGACGGACUAAAUUCACUUUAAUAGAAAAUAUAUUAUUUGAAUUAUUUACAAAUAAAUUAUUGUUCUUUUACAUUUAUGCUACUUAAAUGAAGUUACAAAGGAAUAGUCCGAUGAUAAAAAAAUUAAAUAAGGUUUAAAAUAGAUUAAAUAUUAAAAUUACAAUAUAUCUUGAAAAUCAAAAUAUUCUUAAUAUGGGCCAUAACGUGGGGUCUACUAGAUAUUUUUCGUUUGAACCAAAGCGUUACUAUACUCGUGAUAACGUGAGAAGAACUAUAUGAAUACAGGGUG